AUGUCCCUGCCACAGGCCCCUCCGUCGCGGGUCUUCGUGGAACUUGUUCCUUGGGCUGACAAGGGCCGGGAGAACAGCCUGGUGCCGCGCGGAGAGACGCUGCCUGGCCCCCACCUUCCCCUCCCUCCAGCGCAGUCUCAUACUACAACCCGCGAGGUGCACGUCAGCGGCACCGCGGAGGUCUCCGCGGCCCCUGACCGGGCGCAGGUCGCAAUACGGGUGAGCAGCACCAAGGGGGCAGCGGCCGAGGCCAAGAAGAGCGUAUGUCGCCGCCUGGACUACAUCUCGCAGAGUCUCCAGCAGCAGGGACUGCAGGCAGAAAAUGUAACAAUUAUGAAAGAUUUUAGAAGAGUGGAAAAUGCAUAUCAUAUGGAAGCAGAGGUCUGCAUUACAUUUACUGAAUUUGGAAAAAUGCAAGCUAUUUGUAACUUUCUUGUUGAAAAGCUAGAUAGCUCUGUUGUCAUCAGUCCACCCCAGUUCUAUCAUACACCAGAAUCUGUUGAGAAUCUUCGACGGAAAGCUUGUCUCGUUGCUGUUGAGAAUGCAUGGCGUAAAGCUCAAGAAGUCUGUAACUUUGUUGGCCAAACCAUAGGAAAACCUUUAUUAAUCAAAGAAGAAGAAACAAAAGAAUGGGAAGGCCCAGUAGACGAUAAUCAGUCAAGACUUUCAAGUUCUUUAACUGUACAACAGAAGAUUAAAAGUGCAACAUUAUAUGCUGCUUCAAAAGUAUUUAUAACUUUUGAAGUAAAAGGAAAAGAGAAGAAAAAAAAGCAUCUGUGA